GUUUCGUUUGGCCGUUAGCAUUAAAAAUUAAAUUCAAGUUUUUCUUCUUUUUUUUUCGAAAACAAAAUUGCAGCUAAAUUCAAUAUGCAGUGCCUGCGUUUGCGUUUUCGUGGCAUUUUGCCGCGAUUAGUGCCCAUCCGUUAUUAUGCCAAAAAGACGGAUAUACCAGAAGACGUCAUGGAGGAAAUGGAAGAAGGAUUCAUAAAUUUAUGCAAUUCCGAUUCGCCAUCGUUGCUGCGCAAGUACUUGACGCGCGAUCUCUUCGAUGAGCUGAAGGUGAAGACAACGCCCACAUACAAAUCCAAUCUAUUGGAUUGCGUACGCUCUGGCAUGUAUAAUUUCAACUCGAAUGUGGGAAUAUAUGCCGCCGAUCCGGAGUCCUAUAAAACAUUUGCGAAACUUUUUGAUCCCAUUAUCGAGGAGUAUCAUGGCUUUAAACAAGGUGACAAACAUCCUGCCAGCUGCUUUGGCUAUGGCUCCGAUUUUCCCGAUCUCGAUCCGGAACGUAAAUUCAUUUUAUCGACCCGUAUACGUUGCGCCCGAAGCUUGGACGGAUUUCCCUUCAAUCCAAUGCUAACGCAUUGCGAUUACGCCCAAUUGCAGACGACGAUUUGUCGGGCCUUCGAUCGACUCUGCGGCGAAUUCUCGGGCAAAUAUUUUGCGGUGUGCAACAUGAAAGAAAAGGUAAAAGAAAAACUGAUCGCCGAUCAUUACAUGUUCCGCGAGGACGAUCCGUUCCUGGAGCAGGGAAUGGCCUUCCGCUAUUGGCCGCUGGGUCGGGGCAUAUUCAUGAAUCGACAGAAGACGUUUAUUGUGUGGGUCAACGAAGAGGAUCACGUGCGCAUCAUUUCGAUGGAGAAGGGCGGCGAUUUGGGUCGCGUAUAUGAGCGCAUGAUAAUUGGCGUCGAGUCGCUGGCCCAUGAAAUGAAAUUCGCUCACGAUCCGCAUCUGGGACAUAUCAAUUUUUGUCCCACGAAUUUGGGUACCUCGAUUCGCGCCUCGGUGCACAUUAAGCUGCCCAGCAUUAGUUCCGAGGCGACCGUUGUCGAUGUGGCCGAAAAAUACAGUCUCCAGGUGCGUGGGACGCGGGGCGAAAACUCGUCACCCGACAAUGGCAUCUAUGACAUCUCGAAUAAGCGUCGCAUGGGCGUCACCGAGUAUCAGAUCAUCACGGAGAUGUACAACGGCAUCAAGGCGAUCAUCGAGACCGAGUGUCAGGCGGCAAUGGAUAUGGAGAGGAUUAUGAAGGCGACGGCCAAGGAUAAUAUGGUGUUGAAGGGCGAGGAAAUGCAGAAAAUUAAGAGAGUGGAUAAAUGUUCGCCUAAGAAAAAGCCGGGCGAUAAAAAAACAGAUGAUAAAAAGGCUGGCGCUAAAAAACCAGAAGCUAAGAAAGCUAACGAUAAGAAAACUGUAGCGAAGAAAGCUGCUGCUAACGCAACUGCAGCUAAAAAAGUUGCUGCUAAAAAACCGCAAGCUAAGAAAGGUGGCGAUAAAAAGGAUAAGAAAGGUGGUGCAGGCAAAAAGAAAUAAAUCAUGUCAAGUAAAAGUAUUGCAAAAUGGAAAAUCGUGUUAAAUGGUCCCUUAACCCAUGUGAAUUCUUAUCAUUAAUCUUUAUUGUGAUUUCCCAUUUCUUAGCAGCUUUGUUCUGUUUAAAUUCGUAAAUUUAUGGAAUUUUGAAAUUUGUAUUUGGUUUAAACUGAGCUUUCAUUCCCAUCCUAUCUCAGAAAUAAACAUGAUCAGUACACUCUGUGGAGGUUGUUGUUCGCCUCGCAAUAA